AUGAGCAGGGUGUUGAUUCUGUCCGUGCUCCUGCUGUCCCUGAGCUGGUGCAGAUGUGCCGUCAUCACAGGGGCAUGUGACAGGGAUGUGCAGUGCGGUGUGGGUCUGUGCUGUGCUGUGAGUCUGUGGCUCAGAGGCCUGCGUAUGUGCACACCACAGGGGCUGGAAGGAGACGAAUGCCACCCGUACAGCCACAAGGUUCCUUUCCCUGGCAAGAGACAACAUCACACUUGCCCCUGCCUGCCACAUCUGGUCUGCACCAGGUACAGCGACAACAGAUAUCGCUGUACCAGCGACUUCAAAAACAUAGACUUUUAA